AUGGAUGAAGGUAUCAGAUGUGCUUUUGAAAUAAAGGGACGUCCUACCAAUCUUGGGAAACUCCAACAGUUAUCUACUGCUGUUUAUUUUACUCUUGAUAUAUCUGUUAUCGUCAAAAAUACUAUGGCUUUACUAGGUUUUCAUGUUAUAGUUUCACUCAUACUAUUGUUUCUUUUUAAUAGAUUUAAAAGUAAAUUUUCUUUUAUAAAUUUUUUUAUCUCUAAAAAUUUAUAUCGAUACUUGCCACCAACAUUAGAAGAAUUAAGAAAGAUCAAUGAAAAAACAUUUGGUAAAAGUUAUCGUGGAAAAAAUAAAAAACAAAAAAAUCAAACUGUAGAAAAUGAUUUUAAAGUACCGAAAAAUAUUGAAUAUAGUUUACAUGCAUUCCCAGUUAUUGAUAGACAUAUAUGUCAAUUGAAUUAUUAUCCAACAUUAUAUUGGCUUAUUGAUUUUUCAAUAUUUGCAAUUUUUGUUUUUACCAUUUCUGAGACAUUCUUAUUUUUCUUUCCAUCAAAUCAAGAUAUCAAUAUUUCAAUGUUAUGGCUUGUAUUGUCUUUUGUUUUUGCCCUCCAAUCACUACUUACCUUAACAUAUUCAUUUUUCUUUGAUGAAACUUUUACCUCUGAAAGAAAUCUCAUUUUAAGUUCAUUGGCAAUUUAUUUUGUUGGGUGUAUGACAAUAACAAUGUUUGGAAACAAAUUUUUGGAUAUUAAUUUAGAUCAGGCAUAUAAUACUUUGACAGAUAUUAUUAAUAAUUUUAUUGAGUCACAGGAAAUUGAAGGAAUAUCAAAAUUAGAGAAACGUUCACCACUUCUAGUUUAUUUAUUAUUUUCUGUUAUAUUUUCAUUAAUUGGAUCAGCCUUAGUAUUUCCUAGUCUUAGGUAUGCCACAAUGUAUAAUGGUGCUUUAAAAAGUGUAUCAAAAAUAGAAAAAUUAUUACUUCAUUCAGUAUUUUUAUUACCAGUAUUUAUACUUACAUUAUUUACAACACCUGUAAAAAAUGUUUUUGUUAAUGGAGAAGGAAAAUUUAAUGUUACAGAACAUCAAUAUGAGUUAAUAAGAAUGAGUUUUAUAUUUAUAUGGGUAAUAUUACGCCUUGUUGUUCGUAUACCACAUUUACAAUCAUUUUUAAAUCUUGGUUAUGAAAAUGCCAUAGCUUUAAAAAAAGAACAUGGUAAUAUUAGUGCAUCAUUACUUAUUCGUUCAAUUCAACAAUAUUUUGUCUACUUUUGUGUAGCUUGUAUUCAAUAUAUAGCACCAAUUAUCAUGACUAUAUGCCUUUUGUUGAUUUAUAAAAAUCUUGGAAAUAUUUGUAUUUUUUCAGAAAAGUGUACUUCACCAAUAGAAUCUAAAGUACCAGGGAGAUUAGGUCAUCUUCUAGAACCAUCUGUUCAAGCUAUUAUAUGGCGAUACUUUUUAUUUAUGACAUUAUUUACAAAUACUGCUUUUAGUAUUUUUGGAAUGAUUAACAAAGUAUAUUUUGAUACUGCAUAG